UGUUAUCUGUACAAUUUUACUUGCGCGUGACCGCGGUAGUAUUACGUGUUCUUAACAAGGAAGUAUUUAUAAACUUUGUUAAACAAAUAGACCUGUCACCGUCAACGACAAUCGAUAUCAUGGUGGACACAAAACAGCAGAAUGCGGAAGAAAAACCUAAAAGUGUGGAUGUAAAAUUCCAGCCUCAGCACGUGGUAUUGCUGAUCGAUUGCCUUUUGCUGGUGCUGAUGUCAGUAAUUUUACUUGGGAUGACUAUACACUGGCGGGUCCGUAGAGAUGACAAUGUCGUGUCUCAUACCGCGGAGCUGUGUGUUAACUGCACGGAGCUGAAACCCUGGUACGAUCCAGAACAUAGUCCAAGGCAGGUUGACGAACUUCUGCAAAGAGAUGGAAACACGUGUUGCGGAAAUGCGGACGAAAUUCUUCGUUACUCUGCAAGAAAGCAAAUCAUGGAGGGGUUUUAUCUACAAAGUACUCAUUCUUAUCCACACGGAAUCAAUUUACUGUGCAAUACCCACGAACAGAUUAGUCCAUACGCCAAACUUGUCGGUAUCAUCGGAACUAAACCAAGUGAAGGUCUCGACACAAUACUCUGGAACAAGAACGGAAACACAACGGUCGGACCAACGAUCCAAGACAUUACACAUUUACAUGAUGUAGGAGAAAUCUUCAUACGAAGACCAGGGAAUUACGUCAUCAGCGUCAAUUUGGUGACAAAAAUGAAUGCUUCGAUUCCCAAUCAAGUGUCGCACUUCAUUCACGUGCUGUCUUACAAGCAUGGGACGCAAAGGGUUCUUGCUGAACAGAGGAUGUCGUUGAACGCAAUACAUCAACGCGUAAGCGCUUCCCGUGGGGUGUACCGCCUUGAUCUGCAUGAUCGGUUGUCCGUUGCAUCGGCACAUUUAGAACACAUUGAUGUUUCGAGCGAUGAUAACGUUUUUUCUGUCAAUUUGUCAUAAAUGUUUGUUUUAAAAUUCGAUCAUGUAUACGUGCAAAUAUUACUGUUAUUUUAUAGUGUUAAAAUUCGUUACUUAAUGAUUCUAAAAUAUACCAUAUAUGUUUAAUAUUGUAGUUCAAAUAAAUAAGCACAUACAUAUAUUGAAAACAAUGCGUAUUGGAAAACGCAGACUAUCAUAAAUAAAAGCCUCAGUUUGCAAUACAGUUACUUUGCAGUUUGUGUUUUAGCAAACAGCUCCAAGGAAACAGUGCGAUAUAACUUGAAUUUGCAAAAUGUUUUUUCUUUUUUUCCUUUGUUUGAGUAUUGAAAAUCGCUUUCAAUGGCUAAUUGUGUUAAUGUGGAGGCAAUUCUAUGGUGUGCAAUGCCUCAACAUUUGGAAAAUAUUAAAUCAAAUAAACCCUUUACAGGAA